AUGAAGACAUCAGCAACGCUCGUCCUCGCUGCCUCGGCACUGGCCUCUGCCCAAGUCACUUACAACUCCACGACGAACGAGUACGUCUGCUCCCGCCCCAACUCGGCCUUCUGCGCCGGCGACUCGUUCGGCACCAGCAUCAUCAUCCGCUGCGACGCCAACGGCCGCGGCCAGCCCGGCUCCUGCACCAACAACCUCGCCGGACAGUUCCCUGUGGGCGUUCAGCCCGCCUUGUGCUGGCAGUCCCAGCCCCAGGCCGGCGAUGCCGCUUGCGAGAAGAACUGUGUCGUCUACGCCGACCGGCCCUUCCGCCUCCCCGCCGCCGUCUGCACUCCCUAUGCGACGCCCUCCGGCACCGCGGCGCCCACGACCACGUACCCCUUCGGCCCAUUUCCGUCCGCGAACAACGGCACCAGCAGCCGGACGACCGCGCUCUCCAGCACGGUGAGGUUCCCGUCCUCUUCGAGAGUGACUUCUGCGCCGCGAUCUACCGGUACGGGCACUGGCGGCACAGGUGGUGGUCCCGUCCCUUCUGGCAACAGCACCACGCCGACGAGCAGCCGUGGCGGCGGCAGCAACAGCACCGCGCCAACAAGCAGCCGUGGUGGUGGCGGCGGCGGCAGCGGCAGUGCGUCGGGCACGCGCACCCCUAUCCCGCCCUCCGGCUCUGCCACCGGUGGCCCCACUACCGGCCCCACUACUGUGCCAACCGCCGGUGCUGCGCAGAAUGCCGUCGGGUCCCUCGCCAUUGCUGGCCUCGUGGCCGCGUUCUUUAUCUAG